GAUGCAAAAAGUGGAAGCAGAAGACCCGAAGAGGUGGGUCAAGGCGAAGGACUUUACUUUAAGGAAGAAAAAAAAGUUUAUGAGCAGCAGGAGUCAACGUAGGCUGUUCAGCAAGAACAUCAAACUCGCAUUAUCCAUAAAGAACAGUUAUACUAAUUGGAUGCAUCGGGAUUUUAAAUAAUAAACUCUCCGGUUACGAUAAACCACGAUCGAAGACAAUGGAUAAUGAUUUGGAGCAGGGAGAGGUGGUGGAGCAGGACAAGGUGAGGACCCUGCAGUCUCAGGUGGAGGGAGUGAAGGACAUCAUGACCCAGAACGUGGACCGGAUCCUGGCCCGGGGAGAGAGGCUGGACGACUUGAUGGGCAAGUCAGAGGACCUGCAGGCUGGGGCUGAGGACUUCAAGCACACGUCCCAGAAGGUGGCUCGCUCCUACUGGUGGAAGAACAUGAAGCUGUGGGUGGUGAUCGUGGUCAUUGUCCUCGUCAUAAUCCUCAUCAUCGUACUGCUCAGCACUGGCGUCAUCCCAACCAGCUCCCCUGUUCCCCCACUUCCCAAACCUACUAAAAGACCAAACUAGUAAUGUUUUUCCCCACUGUGUUUCAAUGUGUUUUAGCUGAGCUGGUUGCUAGAGAGGAUGUCAGUGGGUUUUUUUGUUUUGAAAGAUGGGGAAAACUUAGCUGCAAUGGUAUAGUGAAAGAAAGGGGGAUUUGAGAGAGGGAAUGGAGAGUCUGAAGAAGCAUGAGAGCCUUUUGACCUCGAUCCAUGACCUGAUACUCCAUCAUACACAAACUGCGGGAACUCAUGUCAUGACUUAAUGUGGGUUCUCAUGGUCCAUGUACUCAGGCCUUGGAAACUCUGGCUAACUCCAGACAACCUGUUGUGAGAGGUGGAAUUGAACAGCUAACAACUCCCCUUGCUGGUCCAAACGAGUGUCUCAAGCUCCUAGGACUACUGUCAGCCAUCUCAUAGCUUUGCAUAGUAGCUUUUGGUAGGCCCACCUGUAUUCUUUAACUACUUAUGGGUUUUAACUCCUCUCACUGUCCACUCCAAUGUUACAAUACCAGCCAUGCUUUGGGGAGGUCAAGGAGUUAACUCCCAUGCUUGUAUAUAGUUAUCAUACCUGUAUAUACAUUUGUAAAGCACCCACAUGGGGCCCUAAACCAUUCCAGUAGUGUAACAAUGAGGUUAAUUUGAGGCUAUUUAUUGUUAUAUUUUUCUCAUCCCUACUGAACAUCUUUUCUUUUUUGUUUUUCAUAUGACUGUAUUAAUGUUUUUAAUCAACAACACCAAUUAAAGAAAAUUAUAUUGACCCCCCCAGAGUCCUAUCAGUAGAUAUGUGGUUUAGAGCUAUAAUUGUAUUUUAGACAAUUAGGAUGUAUUGGGAAUUUGGGCCAGUUUCAAUUGCUAUAGAAUUCUAUUAUUUUUCAUUCAUUGAUGGAGUUCAAUCAUGUUAUAUCUGAUUAAUUAUAGAAUAAAUAGCAUCUACUUCCA